UGUGGUCACUGCCGCUUUUAACCUGCUGAUGAGAAAUGUGUUUGGGUGUAACCGGUGGCCGCAGUGUGUAAAACAUCAUCAUCGAAGCUGCAUAUUUUUGCAAUUGCUGUGCCGUUUCGAGUGAUCGAACCAUGUUUAGUGGUCGUUCAUGUCGUUAUAUAUAGUUUAGCAGACGGUACCGAUCAAUCUCUGGAUCUGAUCCGCGUCAAGUGCGACGUGACUGAGUUGGGACUGACGUGGCAGAAGGCUUCACAAAUAUAAGACCUAUGUGCGCUGACAAGCGUCCACGCUCAAUGGCGGCGUUUCUUGGGCCUCAUCAGCGAAAAACACCCGAGCAAGGCACAAGAGAGAUUCUAGGCGAAGACGAUCUGGAGCAGGCGGUGUUGAAAGACCUGUGCAUGUACGGUGGGAGCCUCAGUCUCACUGCCCUAAACGAGGCCCUGAUAGAUGACGGUCGCAUUGGCAAGGGUUCGUCCGAGCAGGAACUUCGGCACUUCUUGACUGUCCGCUCCCCUCACAAUGUCAAACUCUUCUGUCUGGAGGAAGAUUCUAAGCGUGAUGAAUGCACUGUCAGGGCCAAGACGGAUGCCGUUCUCUGCAAAUCUUACAAUUCCAAGCAGAAAUUUUGCAAGGAAGGCGGCAGCUGCAGGGCCUUCCACCUGUGCAUUCACUUUGUUUCAAAUAAAUGCCGGAGAGGUGCUAAGUGUGGCUGGCUACACGAUCUCCGGACCCUCCACAACCUCGGUGUUUUGAUGGAGAACGGAUUGUCAGGGCUGGACGAUGAUGACAUCUUGCAGAUACUUCGACAGACCUGGGUAGACAUCACUGUGCCUGACGUCUGCAAGCACUACAAUACGCAGACGGGCUGUACCAAGACGGGCAAUUGCCAUUUCUUGCAUGUUUGUCGGCACUACGUACUGGGUGACUGCAAAUUUGCCGGUCCCAACAAGCAAGGCUGUCGCUACUCCCACAACCUGAAAGACCCUCAGCCCAUGAAGGUGUGGAAGAGGUUCCACAUCGAUGCCGUCACAAAAAAUGAAAGGGACCUUCUCCAGCUGAUCCAUGAGAAGAAAAUGCAGGAGAACCCCUCGCGAGAUGAGGACGAGGAGGAGGAUGAAGAUGAAGAGGAAGUGACCUCCUCGAGAUCCCCAGCAAGAGAGAGCGACGGGAACGUUCCUGCUGUCUGUAUUCAUUACAAUGGCAAAGGCUGCACUAAAGGGGAUAGGUGUGGCUUUCUGCAUAUCUGCAGUUUUUACACCAUGGGGAAAUGCCGUUACUCCGGCAAGUGCCGACUGUCUCACAAUGUCAGGAACUCCCACGAGGCAACAGUGUGGAAAAGGUAUGGCAUCAUCGCUUCGAGUACGUCAGAUGACCAGCUGCUCGCCCUUCUCCAGAGAAAGAACGGUCAAGAGGGGCAAGGGGAUGGGGACAAUGGGCGACAAGGGCUCCUGUCCCUUCAGGCUGCUGCGUCAGACAAUCCUGAGGUUUGCGAAUAUAAUCUUCGAGGCAAGUGCAACUUUGGCGAUGGUUGCCGCAAGCUUCACAGCGAGCAGCACUACCAGUGGCAGUACAGACCAGACGGACAAACAUGGACCAACUUUAAUGCACGUGUAAACGUUCAAAUCGAGAAGCAGUUUUGUGAUAUCAGGGUGGAGUAUGUCAAGUUCAGAUCAAGCCUUGGCAAAGACACCCUUCUCUGCUUCAAGACAAUGAAGUGGUCCUCGAUGGAAGUCCGUCGAGUGGAGACCAGACCGGCGAAAUCCUCCGAGGCCAACUCCUGGCAGAAGGUCCUCGCUACCAGCUGGCAAUGGCAUUUCAAAGACAAUGACAGCAUCUGGGUGCAGUACGCCAAAAAUACCGAAGUUGAGGAGGCAUACCAGAAGUUCCUGUCGACGGGACAGGAUUCCACCUUUGAGUUUGACACCGAUGAGUUCAGCUAUGUCCUGGAUUUCCAGAGCAUGUUGCAGAAGAACAAGCGGAUCGGUACAAAGCGCGAGGUGCGGCGACGACCCAAGUUUGUCACCAAGGAAAUGCUGGACAGGAAUCUGCAGCGGAAAAAGGUCCUGAGCUAUAUCCUGCCCGAGACCUGGGACCCCCACGCCGUGGCGGCCGACUCCCAGAGCAACUUUGUGCUCUGCAGGCUGGAUCCCAGCCUGCACCAGGAGGAGGAACGGCUGGUCUCCAGGCGCUUUGCUGAGAAGAUGGACCCAAAGUCCAUCGUCAGGAUUGAGAGGGUGCAGAACGAUGAGCUGUGGCACGAAUUUACAGUGAAACGGGGUCACAUGAGGGACAGACAGACAGAUUCCAGUAAAGCUCCAGAGGAAUUGCUGCUGUUCCACGGCACAGAGGAGAAAGUCAUCCCCGCCAUCUGCCAGCAGAACUUUGACUUCCGCAUCAGCGGCUCGCGGGUGGGCACCAAGUACGGCCAGGGCAGCUACUUCAGCAAGAGCGCCAAGUACUCCGACAGCUACGCCAGCCCAGACUCCGAGGGCCGGGGCCGCAUGUUCCUGGUCCGAGUCCUGGUCGGGGCAUACACCCUCGGUGACCCAUCCUAUCGUCGGCCCCCUCUGAAAGACAAGAGCAAGCUGCACGGUCCCCUGUUUGACUCCUGUGUGGACAACCUCAAUGAUCCGCUCAUUUUUGUCAUCUUCGAUCGCGCCCAGGUCUACCCCGAGUAUCUGAUUACGUACAAAAAGUGAAUGCAUCCAAAAUUGGUAAGACAUCUUGAGUAUAAACACGUACGUAGCUUUAAGAUUGCAAGGGGCAAUCCCAUCAGACUCAGUAAAUGCGUAAAGAGUUUACGAUAGCGUACGAUGGAUAUGACCAUGCAAGAUUCGGAGCAACAGAUGGGUACUAUGAACCGUUUCAGAAAAAAAAAAUCUGAACCAGAAGAAAAAUAUUGGAGGUUUGUAAAGUACACAGAUAGCUUAUAUAAAGUGACCAGGAUGAGGUUGGUGGUUAUGUGCAACUCAAAUCAGAGCAAGUAACACAUAAAGUCCCCCCCCCAAAAAAACCCCAAAGUUCUUUUGAGUUUCUUGAAACAAAGAGUCCUUUUUGUCGUCCAAAUUUUUCAAACUAUUUACCACUUUGAUCUGAAAUACCAAAUUUUUUUUUUGGGGGGGGAGUAUGACAUUUCACAUGGCAAAACAAUAGGGCUCGAAGCCACGGAUGUCAUAAAAAUUCUUGCAAUGCCUUUGUACCGACCGAAGUCAUCAACAGCCAUUUUACCACACCAAAUUCACGCACAAAGCUGAUGGUUGGCACAAUUGGUGCAGCACUACUGAUGUCAUUAAAGAACUGCUGUCGGUGGUUUUAUUGACCUCUAGCGGUCAAAAGCUUUUUGUAUGACAUCCCUACUUGAAGCUGGCCCUCCAUUUUGACCCCUGACCCCACUGGUCCUUCAGGUGGGUCAUUGUGCCUUAAUAUUCCAGCUUUACCUCUUGGAGGAAAAAUAAGAAUAAAA